CCACAUAUUUCCAAAACAGCCACUGCAUAACACGCUGGAUUUUAAACAGACUGGGUUAACCGUAGGGUGUGUAUAUGCUACAAAAAGAUGCUAUACAUCUCUGCAAAUGCAUGAAAGAUGUGGCUGUGAAUCUUGCCAGUACGUGUGCAACACAGACUUGGAUAGACGUGGUUGACCAUCACAUGGAAAAAGGGGGCUGUGCACCUGUACUAAUGCAAGGAACAGCUGUGCUUUUGAGGGGGAACUGACUGGACAAUACAUCUGUACCUAUGCCUAUGCUAAAGCAUAUGGGACAGGGCAAUGUCAGGUGCUUGAAGAUGGAAGACUGUGCUAA